AUGAUGGCCUCUCAUCUCCCUCUUGCUUUGCCUCUCCUCAAGUCUCUGUCCAGCAGGAUGAGCUCAGAGAAUGUCACCUGGGCCAGGGUUGCCCCUGUUGAAUUCAUCCUCCUGGGCAUCACGGAUCGCUGGGACCUGCGUGUGACCCUCUUCUUGAUCUUCUUGCCCGUCUACCUGGUGAGCCUGCUGGGAAACAUGGGCCUGGUGCUGCUGAUCCAUGGGAAUGCCCGGCUCCACACCCCGAUGUACUUCUUCCUGGCCAACCUCUCCCUUCUGGAUGCCUGCUAUUCCUCAGCCAUUGGCCCCAAGAUGUUAGUGGACUUGCUGCUGCCCCGUGCCACCAUCCCGUAUGCAGCCUGUGCCCUCCAGAUGUUUAUCUUCGCGGGGCUGGCUGAUGCAGAGUGCUGCCUGUUGGCCGCCAUGGCCUAUGACCGCUAUGUGGCCAUCGGGAACCCGCUUCUCUAUACAACGGUUAUGUCACCACGUCUGUGCUUGGCCUUGCUGGGGGCAUCAGGCCUGGGAGGGGCAGUGAGUGCCUUUAUCCACACAACUUUCACCUUCCACCUGAGCUUCUGCCGCUCCCGGGAGGUCAACAGCUUCUUCUGUGACAUCCCUCCACUACUGGCCAUCUCAUGCGAUGACACCAGUCUCAACGAAGUCCUCCUCUUCGCCGUCUGUGGCUUCAUCCAGACAGCCACGGUGUUGGCCAUCGCUGUGUCCUACGGCUUCAUCGCGGGGGCUGUGGUCCGCAUGCGAUCGGCCGAGGGCCGCCUGAGGGCAGCCUCUACCUGUGGCUCCCACCUCACAGCUGUGGCCAUGCUAUAUGGGACCCUCAUCUUCAUGUACCUGCGUCCCAGCUCCAGCUAUGCCCUGGACACAGACAAGAUGGCAUCUGUGUUCUACACCCUUGUCAUUCCAGCUCUCAACCCCCUCAUCUACAGCCUCCGCAACCAGGAGGUCAAGGAGACCCUGAGGCGGACCCGGAGUCGAUUCUGCUGUCCAGGGAGGGGUACCAGGGACUGGUCCCAGGAGGCUGGUUAAGUCUG